AUGGAUGAUACCACACAGUUUUCCGCGUAUCUCGCCAGAGACCAGUCGGUCAACAUCACAGACAUAUUUGACGAAGAGAAAUGUCGCAACGUUCUCGUGAGAUAUUGCACCCACGUACCUCGCAACUACCAGUACCGUGACGGAAUCCGGCUGGUCUUCCUAGUAUUGCGAAACCACCUGGGCGAUGAGUUCCUUGGGCACGCAGGGGGCGUACUCUACGAGAUGAUUGAAGUCGAUUGCCAUUAUUCAGACGACCCAGGCGCAGCAUUUCAGCGUUGGAGACACGAUCACCUGAAUAGACAUGCUGAUCUCGAACUCCCUCAUGUCCCACACCUCACGACUGUUACAUCCAAUAUUAUACCGACAACUGCCCUGAUACAGUGGAGGAAAAGCCACCCUCAAAGAUAUCGCACUCGGCUUUCAGACUACUCACCUAUAAUAGCAAGGUCAUCUCUUUACCCAAGUGGUAUCGGUGUACGAAAGAACUGGAUGAUAGAACAUACAAUGUAUGUUUCAUCUCGCGACGGGGGCACUCGUGCGUUCCGUCAGCUCAAGGCCACAGAAUUUCACGAAAUGCAAUGGAAUGAGAAUAUGAUUCAUAAGGGCAGACUGGUCGGUGAAAAGUCAAUUGACCUUGGCGAACUACCAGAAAGGAGAAACACAGAAAAGCCUCAGGUACAGAAUGAGCGAACUCACCACCGUCGAUCCCUAAGCUCGAAGAUCAUAAGUCAGGAGAAGAUGACUCAAAUUAUACGCAUGUUACGCGCGACAGACAAGCAGAACGGAAAGAGAGAGAAUCAAAAGCACACACUGACCCAAGAUGAUCACUCCAUAAUUCUGGCUCACGAUGCAUUCAAAGAGCAGUUCGAUGCUCAUGUCAGGGACUGCGAAAUACCCAACGCCAACUUCGCGCGGAAGUUUGGGUUAUUCACCAGCGAUAAACCGCUUCCACCUUUCAUUAGAGAACUACCAGUCGCCGAAGAUAGAGCAAUGGAUAUGGCCACUGCCUCGCCAACGAAAGGGGUAAUAUACUCAUGGAGGUUUCGCGGCCCUUUUACGCCUCAGCUUUGGUUCGACAGCGGCAUUGACUACAGAUGGAAACACAGCUCACAUUAG